AAGGGCGCAAGCGGCCAUGGUCGAUGUGUGUUUCUACACUGAAGCGAUAAACGCGCUGUGCAUUCUGGGUAGGGCACUUUGCAGCCAGCCAGUCAGCCAUAUUGGAUCGUUGUCCUGGCUGAAGGAGACAGAGGAGAUGAAGGGGAUCAGGGGAAUCAGUCAGCUAUCGACCAGGCUUUUUGCAGCCCAGGCUGCCCGUAAGGUGGAAGCCACUGGGUUCCAGCCUCAGGAUGUUCAGGUUACCAAAUUGCUCAACGGACUGGUGAUUGCGUCGCUGGAGAACUACUCCCCAGCCUCUAAAAUCGGAGUCUUUAUCAAAGCUGGUUGUCGUUAUGAGACCCCUGACAACCUGGGUGUCACCCACCUGCUCAGACUGGCCUCCAACCUGACCACCAAAGGAGCGUCAGCAUUCAAAAUCUGCCGUGCUAUUGAGGCAGUGGGAGGCAGCAUGAGCGUGACUUCAUCCAGGGAGAACAUGGUGUACACCGUCGACUGUUUGAGAGAUGACGUCGAYACAGUGAUGGAGUUUUUGAUCAAUGUGACGACGGCCCCAGAGUUCCGUCCUUGGGAGGUGUCUACUCUCACACAGAGGAUGAACGUGGAAAAAGCACAGGCAGCACAAAGCCCUCAGACAGUUGUGGUUGAGGCUCUGCAUGACGUCUCCUACAAGAACGCCCUGUGUAACUCCCUGUACUGUCCAGACCACAUGGUUGGCAAAAUCAACUCUGAGCAUCUGCAUCAGUUUGUCCAGAACAAUUUCACGAGUGCAAGAAUGGCUCUUGUUGGACUUGGUGUUGACCACGAUGUGCUGAAGCAGGUGGGGGAGCAGUUCCUCAACAUCCGGGGCGGAGCAGGAACCGCAGGAGCUGCAGCUCAGUAUUAUUCAAGGGAGAGCCGUCUGCAGACCAGCAGCAGCCUGGUUCAUUCAGCCAUGGUCAGCCAGUCGGCAGCAGCAGACAGUGGUGAAGCCUUGGCUUUCAGCGUGCUGCAGCAUUUACUGGGAGCCGGGCCACACGUGAAGCGGGGAUCUUGCGUCUCCAGCAAAUUGUUCCAGGGCGUUGCCAAGGCAACUGCGGACCCCUUCGACGUCAGUGCGUUCAAUGCAAGUUACUCUGACUCUGGUCUGUUUGGAAUUUACACAAUUUCCCAAGCUGCUGCAGCUGGUGAUGUGAUUAAAGCGGCUCUCGCCCAGGUGAAGGCUGUGGCUGACGGAGGAAUCACGGCUGCUGACCUCACUCAGGCAAAGACCCAGUUGAAGUGUCAUUACCUGAUGUAUCUGGAAACCUCCGAGGGUUUGCUGGAGGCCAUGGGCUCCCAGGCUCUGGCUCAAGGAUCCUACCACUCUGCAGAAGAAAUCUCCAAGAAGAUCGACAACGUCUCCUUGACAGAUGUUGCUAAUGAAGAAGUCUAUGGUAUCCCAUGGCAAUCUCAUCAAAACGCCCUUCCUGGAUGAGCUCUAAAUGUCUCAUCUUUGUUCAAUAACUUAGAAAAAGCUGAAUUUGUUUCCUCCUUAUUUGAACAAAAUAAAUGUUUUUUUUUUUUAAUAAUCUGAGGAAUAUAUAAGAACACCGUUUGGUUAUUUGUUGGUGUUUUUAACAGUAGUCAGGUGAUGGCCCCUCUGUAUUACUCAUCUGUCCACAUGUUGACUAUCUGUCUGAUGUAAAAUAAGGAAUAAAAUCUAUCUACCUUAAA